ACCCUAUGCUGAGGAAGUUUACGUUCGUUAUUGCUCAGCCGUAAUUAUUGACGCGCCUUUGUCCGCGUACAGUCGUGCUCGCUCGUUAUAGUCAUGAAUCAAGAGGGAUUAUGAGAAUCUCUUCGCCGUUUCGAGCACAAUGGACGGCAACUCUCAAGCUUCCGAAAUCCACCCUUCCCGCGAGGCCGCCGUUACCUUCGCCCUACCUAGCUCGUUGCACCGAUGAGUUCUACAGUUGGCAAGGUGCUCAGGUAGAUAGGCCCUCCUUCACUCUUCACGACGGGCCGCCUUAUGCGAACGGUGGACUUCACGCUGGCCAUGCCGUGAACAAGAUUUUGAAGGAUAUCAUCUGUCGGUUUCAAGUCGGUGAAGGCAAGCGAGUCCAAUAUGUCCCCGGAUGGGAUUGUCACGGCCUACCGAUUGAGCUCAAAGCUAUACAAGCGCAGAAAUCUGGGCUGGAUCCCCCCCAAAUACGCAAUGCCGCCCGACGAUUUGCACUGGACACAAUCGAGGAGCAGAAGCGAGGGUUCAAAGAGUGGGCGGUAAUGGGUGACUGGGGCAAUGCCUACAAGACUCUGGAUGCUGAAUUUGAACUGAAUCAGCUCCAAGUAUUCAAGAACAUGGUCAGAAAUAGGCUGAUCUAUCGGGCGAAGAAACCAGUGUACUGGUCCGGAUCAUCGCGAACAGCGUUAGCUGAAGCAGAACUUGAGUAUGACGACAAUUUUAAAUCCACUGCGGCGUUCAUUGGCUAUCCUAUUGUUUCCCUGCCGACGACGAUAUCUCAAAUGCCGGGCGUCGAUCCAGCGCGAUUGAGAGCUCUUGUCUGGACAACAACUCCUUGGACUCUCCCUGCGAACAAAGCCAUUGCGGUCAACAAUAUUCUGGAUUACUACGUUGUUGAGCCCAGGAUAAGCUCUGAACUAUCCUCCGGACUGCCCCAAUACUUGGUGUGCACGACCCGAGUCGAGUUCCUACAGACGAUCCUGAAUUCGGAGAGCGUAUCUAUUAUUGCAGGUCCCAUUUCUGGAAAGGAGAUUGCCGGUCAGGUGGAAUAUCUCAAUCCACUGCAAAGAAAUCAGCGUCAGAAAGUGGUCCAUGCGGACUUUGUCACAUCCAGCUCGGGGUCAGGGCUGGUCCAUAUGGCCCCCGGACAUGGCGUGGACGACUACAACAUGUGUGCCGACUUGGGAUUGGAGCCGUUCGCCCCUGUUGAUGAUUAUGCGCGGUUCACUUCCGAGGCAUUACCGGCUUCCCCAGAGACACUUGCGGGAAAGCCUGUACAGACAGAGGGGACCGUGGCGAUCCUGGAUUACCUCCGAGCCGAACAGAAUGGAGAUCCCUCUCGCAGUCUCAGUGUUCUCGCGACCCACGAAAUUACUCACAAGUAUCCUAUCGAUUGGCGAACCAAGCAGCCGCUCAUCAUUCGUGCCACCGAGCAAUGGUUCGCCGACGUUGCGGAAAUCAAGCCCCACGCGAUCCAAGCUUUAACCAACGUAAAGUUCCUACCAGAGUCAAGCAGAGCACGCCUAGAGAGUUUCGUCAAUGGGCGAAGCCAUUGGUGUAUCUCACGGCAGAGAUCAUGGGGCGUGCCGAUUCCCGCCCUCUACAGAACCGAUAAGGGGGAUCGUCAGCCGAUAAUGACUGAAGGGACGAUAGAACACAUCCUGGAUACCAUGCGACAGCGUGGCGUUGACUGUUGGUGGACUGACGCAGAAGAUGAUCAAGCAUGGAUUCCUCCGAAUUUGUCUGGUUCCUACGAGCGAGGAAAGGACACGAUGGAUGUGUGGUUUGACAGCGGUACUAGCUGGAUGACACUUGCGAAGGACACAAGCACACCAGUGGCGGAUGUCUACCUUGAAGGGUCCGAUCAGCAUCGGGGCUGGUUUCAAUCGUCCCUCCUCACUUUCGUUUCCGAGCAGCUUUUACGGAAUGAUGCUAGUUCAUCUCCAUCCCAGACAGCACCAGUGGUUGCACCAUUCAAAACCUUGAUCACGCAUGGUUUCACUUUGGAUGAGCAUGGCAUCAAGAUGAGCAAAUCAAUCGGAAACGUCGUCGCUCCGAGUCAGAUCAUGGAUGGCUCUUUGUUGCCUCCUUUGAAAAAGAAAGGCAAAGGUAGCCAUGGGGCAAAAGGUCAAGUAUAUGACGCGCUUGGGCCUGAUGUUCUUCGUCUUUGGGUUGCCGGAAGCGAUUAUACCAAGGAUAUAGUUCUUGGGGAAACCCUUCUGAAGCUCGUGUCGGGCAAUCUCCACAAAGCCCGAGUCACUCUGAAAUGGCUUUUAGGGGUGCUAAACCAUUACCAACCGUCUGAGUGGAAGGGUCGAGACGUAGCCCAGUUCCGCUGGAUGGAUCAAAUGGCAAUGGUGCAGCUGGAGGGAACAUAUCAAGACAUCGUUGCUCACUAUCGAUCGUACGAGUUCCACAGAGGCAUACAAAGACUCAACCACUACAUUAACACAGACCUGUCCGCUUUCUACUUCGAAGCAUUAAAAGAUAGACUCUACACCGGAGGGGGGGAAGACCGAAUGGCUGCACAAUUCGUGUGUUUCCAGAUCUUCCAGGCGUUGUUGAAGAUUCUCAGUCCCAUUACCCCAUUGUUGGUGGAAGAGACAUAUGCGCAUGCUCCCGUUCACUUGCAGCCGCAGCUUCAACAUCCACUUCAAAGGCUUUGGGAACCGAGCAGUUUAAUGCUGAGCCUUGGCAAGGAGAGUGUUGAGGGUCUAGUGGCAACGCAGUCCUUGGACGAACAGUUUGCACUUCUAAAGACGCUAAGUUCCGCCGUAAAAACUGCGCAAGAAGCGGCAAGAUCGAAGGGCUUGAUAGGUUCCGGCUUAGAGACAAGUGUGGUCGUCCAUCUCUCGGAAUCUGCUGCGGAUAUCUGGCAGAGCCUGAGCGAUAUUGAGAACGCCGGAGGUGGUGAAACGCGUUUUGGGGAUGGCUUUGCCGACGAAUUGGCAGCAGUACUGGUAGUGUCCGAAGUACAAGUUAUCAAGGGAGACCGUCCAAUGGAGAAUAUCACGGCCUGGGAGUUCGAGGAGAAGUUCGAAUUUGCUGGCUGUCAAGGCCGUGUCUCAGUACACCCUUCUCCCCGCGCAAAAUGCCCGCGGUGCUGGAGACAUGUCGCAAAUUCCCAGGAAGAUCUAUGUGUACGAUGUGAGGACGUCGUCAAGUCUUGUUAAGUAGCAUGGCCUCGAAAGUUAUUUCCAUCACAAACCAUACUUCAAGUCACCAGUGACUCAUACUCAAUAUCUUAUUGUUAUUCGGUGACAUGGAAGUUGAUUUCGACUUGCUAUGGAGUGAAGAUAUCUGCUAUCAGUGCUGAAUAUCAAG